ACAAAAUAAACAAAAAAGAAACAAACAGAAAAAAGUGAUAAAAUUUUGUCAUUUCAGCAUAAAAAUAAAUGCAUUAUUCAUAAUAUUUACUUACAACAACAAAUAAACUUGCUUUACCAAGGAGCUCUUUAAAGACAAACUGAAGAUUAAUAAAUAAAAUUUACAUAUUUAAUGGAAGGCUUUGUCUAUGUCGUCAAUCCUCCCGAAAUACCUCGCGUGGCCUUUGGUUCCUGUAUGGAACGUGAAACUUUGCCUUUACGGGGACCCUGUUUAACUUCAUUUAUGCGCCAACAUCAGGGAGAUGUCUUUUUAAGUCCAGGACCCAUGGCACGGGUAGAUGAAAGAGAUCAUUUGGAAAUUAAGUACCCCUCUAAACUGGGCUAUAGUGCUUUUGCUAGUAAAUUAUUGCGCUUGCCAGCAACUGAGACCUCCAAUAAUCCCUGUGUGGGUACCUAUGAUGUGGAUGUCAAGAUACGAGAAAGAAAAGCUUUCAAGCCAUUUAAUGUGGGAGCAAUAAGAGCUGAGUCCCCUAAAUUUCUAACACCAGCACCCAACACCUAUGCGCAUCAUAUAAAACGCCCGCAACUACAAAUAAACACCGCCUUUGGUAAACAACGUAAAAUCUCUCCUCAGGUACAAACAAUUUGUUCUCCCCUCAAUACCGCCCAUUGCCAUAAAUGUGAACAACAACCGCUUGGAGAUUACUGGCAUAAUUUCGAAGAGGAUUUAGAUUUAUGCCGUCUCUGUAUGCAUAAAAUCGAACAGAAAUUAAAAAGUUGCUCCUCCACCGAAUUGCAGCGUUUACGUCUGCGACGUUUUUUGUUGCCCUAUCGUUUGGUGCGCUAUUGUGGUUUCUAUCAUGACCACAAUGGCACAACUGCUGCCACACAAUUAAUAACGACUAAAAUAUUAAAAUUUAAAAUUAACAAGGAAAAUUAUUUGUCAUUAUAUAUGUGAGAAUAUAAAACUGUUAGUCGUCUGUCACUUAUUUGGAAUGCAUCCUUCCUAUGUCUUUCAUUAUAGUUUCAAAUAAA